AUGCCCAAGGUCAAGCACUACUCGGCCGCCUGGCUGUCGGGCAACGCCCCCGGCCACCAAAUAUUCCAACAGCCGGUCGAGUCCUCUCUCUCGCGCGCGCUCUCGCCGUCAUACGCGUCCAAGAAAAAGGCCGUGGGUGGCCCGCGGAGGACCAUCGCCCGGCGAGGCACCGAAGUCUUCGUCGCCGUCGGCAAGGAGAUUCGGUGGGCCGACUUGGCCUACCUCAAGGAUGAGUGGGCGACGAAGCAGUCGCGAGGCCGCUCUGGCUCGGCCGUGCGCAUCAAGCGGGAGGAUUCAUAUCAGUCGAUGAUGGGUGACGACGGUCCCGAGGCUGCUUCGGGCUUUCGAGCACCGACUGACUUUCUCUCGCUCCAGACGUUGAAGACGCCCGUCGCCGAUGAAAUCCGCCAGUUGAUCAUCUCGCCCAACGCGAGCUACCUUGCCAUCCUCACGGCCCAUACGGCUCACAUCUGCAUUCUCCCGGAUUCGUCCCAUCUCACGAGCGACGACCCUGGGCCCAUGCGGCCCAAAAUCUUCACCCUCGGCCCGACGACCCACGUCACCUCGCGGUCGCCCGUCCUGUCCGCUUUGUGGCAUCCGCUUGGAGUCAACGGCUCCUGCAUCGUCACCGUCACCGCCGAUGCCGUCGUCCGACUCUGGGAGAUUUCGCCCGAGAACCGUUGGUCCUUCGACUCGCCGACGACCUCGGUCGACCUCAAGAAGUUGGCCGACGGCACAACCUUGGACCAGGACUUCACCGCAUCCACCUCCACCACCAACAAGGCCUUUUCGCCCGACUCCUUCGAGAUGGAGGUGGCGGCCGCCGCCUUCGCGACCAAAGGCUCCGGCGGCUGGAACCCCAUGACCCUCUGGGUCGCCAUGCGGGAAGGCGACGUCUACGCCCUCUGCCCCUUGCUGCCGCAACGCUGGGCGCCGCCCCCGACGCUGAUACCGUCCCUUUCGGUGUCCAUCGUCACCACCGUCGCCAGCCUCGAGGAUGACUCCACCGUCGACGACGGCGAGAGGCUCCUGGCGCAGCAGCAGCUCCAGUGGAUGGGCGAGCUGGACGCCCAGGAGCCCCAAGUGAUGGACGGCCUUCCCGGCGAACCUCCUGUCGAGGUCUACACGAGGCCGUCGCGUCCCGGCGUCGUGCCGAGGCUGCAAGGCCCCUUCUACCUCGAAUCGGACCCCGACACGGGCGACGACCUCGACACGUCGACGUCCGACAUGUUGGUCAUCGGCAAGAGGACGGAGACGGAUGAUCUCAUGAUGGGCGAAGACGAAGAGCUGGACAUGGACGACGGUGACCAGGAGGGACUCUCCCUCGCCGUCGUUUGCCUGCUGUCCACGAGCGGUCAGCUGCGCGUCUACCUGGACCUCGACGGCGUCCAGGCCCAGUGGCUUCCGCCCAAGAGCAAGUCGAAGCCGGGACGUCUCCAGGCGCCGUCGGAUCCGCCGUCCCUUCUUGCCUUCCAAGCCAUCGACACGAUGAGCCCGGUCGAGGUCAACGAGGAGAGCUGGCCCGUCUUCAGCCCGGACGUCAUGUCCCGAUACAGCUUCUUCGUCACCCACCACGCCGCCAUCACCUUCGUCUCUCUCACCUCCUGGAUCUUCCGGCUCGAGGGGGAGCUGCAGGGGGAUCACGAGGCAGGCACCGACUUCCGACUCGGUCUGUUGGUCAAUUCGCAAUCCGCUAGGGACAGGAUAUACGCGCAGCCGACAGCCGACACGGCCGUUCCGCUCGCCGCCUCGGUCGCGAUCCGCGAUCCGGACCUCGGCUACUUUCUGCUGUCCGCGACACCGUACGAGCCGAUUGCGCUCACCUUUGAGACGCCCGACGUCGAUCUCGCGCCCCUGCAAGAGAUGGACGAGAGCCUGGUGCCGGAGCGGGACGUGAGCGUGGCGCCGCUCGACUUUUACGAGCCUCGACCCGUCUUCAACCCCCCGCACGCGUUCGACGAGGGAUCGGCGCUGCCCACGCUCCUGGAGCGCCUGCGAACGUCGCGGCACAAGACGACGGUGAACCAGGAGGUCAAGCUCAGCCCGCUCACGCUGCAGAUCUUCACCGACGCCCACAAGGUGCUCAGCGACGAGACCUACAAGCUCGGCGUCGCCGCCGCCGAGGUUUUCCGCCGCUGCGAGCUGCUGCAGGCCGAGCUGCGCCAGCAGGUGAGCAAGGCCAACGAGGUGAAGGGCAAGAUUGACGCCAUCAGCGGCGCCAGCCGCGACAACAACGAGGCGGACAAUGCAAUGUACGACAGGCGCAUCUCGGCCGCGAGGGAUCGUCAGGAGACGCUCACGCGGCGCGUCGAUGGCCUCCGGAAGCUCGUCGGCAAGACGACGACGCGGGACCUCAGCGUCAAGGAGCGCGCCUUUGUGGACGAGGUCAAGACGCUAGAGGCCAACGUUUUAGGCCCCGCGGGCAGGGAGGACGCCGCCGCGAGGCAGUCGAAGCGGCUGUGGAAGCGGUUGGAGGAGGUCAAGAGGUUGCAAGCCGAGCUCGUGCGCGAGGUGGAGUCGCUGAGGAAAUCCGGCCACGUUGAAACGACACCGUCGGCGAGCGAGCUGCGGAUUCCGCAGGACGUUCGGCGGAGCAAGCUGCUGCAAGUGCAGGGCCUGCUGUCGAGGGAAACGGCUUUGGUGGAGGCUGUGACGGCCCGCCUGGAGCGGCUACAGGCCGGCGUGUAG